UUGAGUUGUGAUCUGCGCUCUACACCAGCCAGAGGUGUGUUUUCGGCUCCACACUCUCUCUCACUGUAUCUCUGGGUAGCAGCACCUCACCAUGCAGCCAGCCUGAGUGCCAUUUCUAACAGCUGUGUUGCCAAAUGGUUACAGCUCAUCUGGAGGGAAGGUAGCAUCUUGCUUUGAGGAGGACAGAAGAUAACAGAAGACUGACCAGUUGCAGAGAGAGGGGGGAUAUAGCUGAAAGCCCCCCCCCCUCGCCUCACAAAACAGAGCAAAAACGGAAGGCUUUGGAGUAUUCAAUUUUUUCUUUCGUUUUAUAUUUUUCUUAUUCCUCAUCGCGGUGCUGGGAGGUUAACUAUCGUUUAGUGUCUGUCUAUCUGUCUGUCUGUGUGUAUUUGUGUGUGCUUUACGUAUACAUAAAACACACAUUAACACACACAUGCACUCGCACACUAAACUAUGCCUAAAAAGACAGUGUUAAGUGAGUCGAUAUUGGUCUGGUCUCGCAUCGUUUUCACAUCCUCCCCUCAUCUGUCCUUCUCAACAUGGCAAAGUGCACCCAUUUUUAAUUGUUGUCUUUGAGAAAUCUUUUUAUUUGUCCACAUGUCAUGUCCCCUUUUCUGUUUAAUAAAGGUAUCAAUUUGUUUUGCAACCUGUUGUAAAGGGGAAAACAAUAAGUGUAGUCCUGAUUAUAAUUUGGUAAAGUUGGGGAUAUUUACUUUAUAUUCUAUUCAUGUUAUUUAUUGAGCUGCAUUCGAAGCUAAUGGGCAUCUCAAGUCAUUAAGAGUGUAUCCCAUUUCAUGCUUGAUUUGUGCUUAUUUUCAUCCUGCCAGUCCAUCAGCAGCCAUUAGUUCUUUUACUGCCCCUUCUUAUACACCACCCUCCCAACACAGACACACAGACAGACAGACCCACAAUCCUAAAUCCUAAAUUCGCCCCUUAUCAUCAUCAUAAAUAUUUUCAGAAUUGAAUUCUCGUGCUUUUGCAUGUUUUCAAUUUUCCCUUCCCUCACUUUGAUCGGUUUCCAUCCAGAACUGGUUGUUUUUCAUCCCUGAAGCUCUUCCCCCUUCACUUGUCUUCAUCCUCAUCCUCUACCAGGCAAGAGAGACCGAGAGUUGGCAUUAGUUGGCUGUUGAACAGUGGAUUAGGCGGGUAAUGCCUUGCUGUGGAUCUGAGGUGUAAUAGACAGCGUGUGCAGGUUGUAGAUAGAGACAGACUGAUAGACAGAUAAAAAUAGAUAGAACUUAAUAUCCCAUCUCAUCACUAUACCCUUCUCUCUCCUCCUCUGUCACAUUUUCCUCCUUUCUUUACGUUGUGUUUGAUGCUUCGUCUCUACUUCACACUGCCACACCUUUUUGGGAGCGAUGUUUUAAAGCAUCACCACUGCUAGUCUGUUCUCAGUAAGUUUUUAGCCUAUAUCCACGGACAUCAACCUGAAAUUGCCUGUGCACUCACCUUAAGGUGAAAAAUUACACCCAGUAGCGUAGGCCCACACCAGCCACUUUAGUCUCUUUUUCUCCCCUUUCUUAUGGACUCAAAAAGGGCCUUAAUUAAUCCCUCUUUCUUGAUUGUUCUGAGAGUGGGAUAUCGUCAUGAAGGAAUAUGAAGGACCACUCGUUCUGCUCUGUCUUUGCUUUUGUGUCUCAACUCUGCUACUCUGUAAAACAUCUCCACUACAGUCUAUAAAUUAUGUGUUACAGAAAAGAGUUAAUUAGACUGAGAGAGAGAAGAGCGCAGAGCGGUCCAGAAAACUGAUGAUCAUGACUGGCUAAAGCAAGCAAAGGCACGGAGUGAAAGAAAGCCAAAGAAGAAGGAAGGAAGGAAGGGAGGGAAGAAGAAGAAGAAGAAGAAGGAGGAGGAGGAGAAGAAGAAGAAGAGGAGGAGGAGUACGCACACACACACACACACAUACUGCUGCUCAUCUCCUCAUCUCCACGGCAACCGUGUUCACACGCUUGCAGACUUCUGGGAGGAGACCUCGGCGUGCUGUAUCACCAGCGUUGGAGGAAGGGGAUGGAGAGAGGCGAAUGAAAGAAGAUCCCUUCAUCACUCUCCAUCCACCAUCUUUUUGUUUCUUUUAUUGAGUUCACGCUGACAUUUUGAGUUGAUGCUCAACUUUUAAAUUCUUCCAAAAUCUGAGUUAAAACCAUCUUUCAACCAGCUUGGAUCUGUUUUUUUGCAGAUUAGGCUUUUUUGGCGCCUUACAUCUAAAAUCAUUGUUUCAUAGCAAUUCGCUGCACUCCUGAACACACAGUCUUUAUGUUUACACAAACAGGAUUCAAAUGAAUGAUUUAAUUCUAAUUAUUGUAAAUUCUGUACAUAUUAUUACACUUUAAAAAGCUAACUCUUACUGCAUCUCCAUACUGAUAACACCCCGACAUCGCUCACCUCCACCCUCCUGCAUCCCUCGCCCUGCAAGACCCCACCUCAGUCUUCUGUGCGUGACUUCAUCUGUCUACCAUCCCUUCAUCCGAGGCUAUGAGAGGAGGAGUCGAAUCCCAGAUCACUCCAUCAUGCCAGUUCUGAAGAGUAGAGAGGAGAUCCGGGCUGGCAAUGUUCAAGGGACGCCAUUUACACUCCUUCACAAUGCUUGUCAGCCUCCACCCUUCUCCCUCCCGUCUUCAGGACAAGCGCUUCGUCUCCCCGGCCUCCUCCCCCCAUCACCCCCCUCCUCCCCCUCAUCCUCCUCAAGACCACUCUCUGCAUCCUUAUCCCCAGCCUCGGCUGACCCUUCCCUUCCUCUCCUUGUCCUUCUCUCUUCUCCUCCUCUCCAUACUCCUCCUGCCUGUCUGCGAGUCUCGCAGGGGUGGAGGUCCAGGUACAGGGCCUGGAGGUGCCCCAGGAGGACAAGGUGGCCAGAGGGGAGGCGGCACCCAGAGGGGUGUUGUCAUCCCCCCUCAGUAUUCUCCAGGCUCACCGGUUCUUCCGCCAAUCAAUCCCAAACUGAUCAACUCACUCAGUAUUGCUGUCAUCCUGGUGGGCAACUCUAGUGAAGUAGCCUUGGGGGCUGGACUUGAGAAAGAGGACUUCCUCCACAUCCCUUACCCUCCCAAAGUCGAGGUGGUCACCAUGAAUGAGACCGACCCAAAGAGUAUCAUCAAUCGGAUCUGCGCACAAAUGACGAGGAACUCACUGCAGGGCGUAGUGUUCGGUGACGACACGGAUCAAGAGGCCAUUGCUCAGAUCCUGGACUUCAUCUCUGCCCAGACACACCUCCCCAUCCUGGGCAUCAGGGGAGGGUCGUCCAUGGUCAUGGCAGCAAAGGACGACCACUCCAUGUUUUUCCAGUUUGGUCCGUCCAUCGAGCAGCAGGCCUCCGUCAUGUUGAACAUCAUGGAGGAGUAUGACUGGUACAUCUUUUCCAUCGUCACCACAUACUACCCUGGCUACCAGGACUUUGUUAAUAAGGUCCGCAGCACCAUCGAGAACAGCUUUGUGGGCUGGGAGCUAGAAGAGGUCCUCCUACUGGACAUGUCCGUGGACGAUGGAGACUCCAAGAUCCAGAACCAGAUGAAGAAACUGCAGAGUCCUGUCAUUCUGCUUUACUGCACUAAGGAGGAGGCUUCCACUAUCUUCGAAGUAGCUCAUUCUGUAGGUCUUACUGGCUACGGCUACACCUGGAUCGUGCCCUCGCUGGUGGCCGGAGAUGCAGACCAUGUUCCCUCUGUCUUCCCUACAGGGCUUAUCUCAGUGUCAUAUGACGAAUGGGACUACAACAUCGAGGCCAGGGUACGUGAUGCAGUGGCUGUCAUUGCCACGGCGACCUCCACCAUGAUGCUGGACCGGGGACCGCACACCCUGCUGAAGUCAAGCUGCCUCGGGACACCUGACAAAAAGGGCUCCAACACCGGCCACUCCAAGGAGAUACUGAAGUACAUCAUGAAUGUCACAUUUGAAGGCCGAAACCUGUCAUUCAGCGAAGAGGGUCACCAGAUGUUCCCCAAGCUGGUCAUCAUUCUUCUAGACAAGGAUAGACAAUGGGACAGGGUUGGCAAGUGGGAGAGAGGCUCUUUGACGAUGAGGUACCAUGUGUGGCCUCGCUUUGAGCUGUACUCUGCAGCGGAGGAGCGGGAGGACCACCUGUCCAUCGUGACUCUGGAGGAGGCGCCGUUUGUCAUUGUGGAGGACGUAGACCCGCUCAGUGGGACCUGCAUGAGGAACACGGUGCCGUGUCGCAAACAGCUCAAACUCAGCAACCAGACAGGGGAUUCAGGGAUUUACAUCAAGCGCUGCUGCAAGGGUUUCUGUAUCGACAUCCUGAAGAAGAUCGCCAAGACGGUCAAGUUUACAUACGACCUUUACCUGGUCACCAAUGGCAAACACGGCAAGAAGGUUAAUGGGACGUGGAAUGGCAUGGUCGGAGAGGUGGUGUUGAAGAAUGCCCACAUGGCAGUGGGUUCACUCACCAUCAACGAGGAGAGGUCGGAGGUCAUCGACUUCUCUGUGCCGUUCAUUGAAACAGGGAUCAGUGUCAUGGUCUCCCGUAGCAACGGAACCGUCUCCCCCUCUGCCUUUCUUGAGCCCUUCAGUGCUGAUGUCUGGGUGAUGAUGUUUGUGAUGUUGCUGAUGGUGUCAGCCGUGGCUGUGUUUGUGUUUGAAUACUUCAGCCCGGUGGGUUACAAUCGCUGUCUGGCAGACGGACGAGAGCCUGGAGGUCCCUCCUUCACCAUCGGUAAGGCGGUCUGGCUGCUGUGGGGUCUGGUUUUCAACAACUCCGUCCCCGUGCAGAAUCCCAAAGGUACCACCAGUAAGAUCAUGGUGUCGGUGUGGGCCUUCUUCGCUGUCAUCUUCCUGGCCUCCUACACUGCCAACCUGGCUGCCUUCAUGAUCCAGGAGGAGUAUGUCGACCAGGUGUCGGGCCUGUCAGACAAAAAGUUCCAGAAGCCGAACGAAUUCUCACCGCCGUUCCGGUUCGGCACGGUGCCCAAUGGGAGUACAGAGCGCAACAUCCGCAACAACUACCGGGACAUGCAUGCCUACAUGACCAGUUUCCACCAGAAGAAUGUAGAUGAAGCCCUGUACAGUCUGAAGACCGGCAAACUGGACGCCUUCAUCUACGACGCUGCAGUGCUGAACUACAUGGCGGGCAGAGACGAGGGCUGUAAGCUGGUCACCAUCGGGAGCGGCAAGGUGUUCGCCUCCACCGGCUAUGGCAUCGCCAUCCAGAAGGACUCAGGCUGGAAACGAGCUGUGGAUCUUGCCAUCCUCAUGCUGUUUGGAGAUGGUGAGAUGGAGGAGUUGGAGGCCCUGUGGCUGACAGGCAUCUGCCACAAUGAGAAGAACGAGGUGAUGAGCAGCCAGCUAGACGUGGACAACAUGGCGGGGGUCUUCUACAUGCUUGGGGCUGCCAUGGUUCUGUCAUUCAUCACCUUCAUCUGUGAACAUUUGUUCUACUGGCAACUGCGCUUCUGCUUCAUGGGCGUGUGCUCCGGAAAGCCCGGGGUCACCUUCUCCAUUAGCAGAGGUAUCUACAGCUGCAUCCAUGGGGUACAAAUUGAGGAAAACAAGUCAACCAUAGACUCACCUUCGGCCACCAUGAAGAAGAACAUGAACAACACCCACUCCAACAUCCUGCGGUUGCUCCGCACUGCCAAGGAUAUGACCGCCGUCCCAGGCAUUAAUGGCUCUCCGCACGCCGCUCUGGAGUACAGCCACAGCGGCCGUGAGUCGGCUAUCUAUGAUAUCCAGGAGCACCGGCGCAGCCUGGUAGGUCACCCUGUAGACUGCAAGUCUGCGCCUCCUUACAUGCCAGAGGACAACAUGUUCAGUGACUACAUCAGCGAGGUGGAGAGAACUUUUGGCAACUUGCCCCUGAAGGACAGCAACCUGUACCAGGACCAUUACCGGCACCACCACCCGGCCUCGGCUCUGGGUAUGUCCGGCCCCCCGCCUAAUAGGCCGCGUAGUUUAGGCAGCGCUAGCUCGUUGGAGGGGGGCAUGUUCGAUUGUGACAGUUUAGGGGGAGGGGUAGCGCCCAUCUUUACAACCCAGCCCCGCCCAUCCAUGACUCACAGGAAUACCAAUAAAUUUGACCUGAUCGCUGGCCACACCCCUGCGGAUUCCAAUCAGGGUGGGUUCAAGGGAAACAAUGUGUACGGCAGGUUUUCUUUCAAAGGAGGCGCAUCCAGCACAGGGCUCAUCGGGGGUCAUGACAGGUACUGUGGUGGGGGCGGGGGAGGCUCAGGGGGUGACGAUGGGAACAUUCGCUCUGAUGUAUCGGAUAUCUCCACCCACACUGUCACCUACGGCAACCUGGAGGGCAACGCCAAGCGGCGUAAACAGUACAGGGACAGCCUGAAAAAGAGGCCAGCCUCGGCCAAGUGCAGACGGGAGCAGGACGAGAUAGAGCUGAGCGGCCUCAGGAGGAGACCCCACCACCACACCGUCCACCACCACUUCCCCCACGGGCCCCUGGCACACCGCACGGUCUCACCUCCCCUGGAGCGGAAGAGGGGAGGAGGAGGGGGUAAUUCUUCACCUUACUUAUUCCGCAAAGACAAAGAGAACCUGAGGGAUUUCUAUGCGGACCAGUUCCGCUCCAAGGAGGGCAAGGCCAAGUGGGAGCAAGAGGGUGGAAGUGGAGGAAGCGGUGUGGGCGGUGGUAGCGGUGGUGGUAUCUGUAAAAGCCUAGUGCCUGUGGAAGACUUCCUCAAAGGUAAAGGCAAGAAGCCAGAGUGUAAAGGUGGGAUGGGCUCGGUGUCAGCAGGACAGCAGGCCCACACCUGCUGGGAGAAGGGGGUUUCUGGGCUAGGAGGGGGGGGCAUAGCCGGCGGUGACUGGGAGUGUCGUAACUGCCACAGUGUGUGUCACCACGGCGGAGGUGUAGGAGGAGGCGGCGGCACGUGCCCAGCUAGCGGAGUUGGGGGGAGCAGCAGUCGCCCCAGCUCCGCUUCCUGCAAACGCUGCGACUCCUGUAAGAUGCAGCCGAGCAACCUUUACAACAUCAGCGAGGAUAAUAACAUGAUGUUCCCGGGAGGGAAGAGUAGCGUAGGACCCAGCCAAACACAAACUCAGGCACAGCGCAGGAAGCUAGGGCCGGGUGGGAGGGUGUUAAGGAGGCAACAUUCGUAUGACACAUUUGUGGACCUGCAGAGGGAGGGGGCAGGCCGCAUGGGAGGGGCUGGCGGGGGCAUUGGGGGGCAGUGUCCCCAACCCCGAAGUGUGAGCUUGAAAGACAAAGACCGCUUCAUGGAGGGCCCCAGCCCUUAUGCUCAAAUGUUUGAGAGGUAUGCAGGUGACAGGGAGUCCCCCAUGUUUGGGGGAAUAGGUGGCGACAGGGCGAAAGGAGGCUCCUCCUUCAGUUUGUUCCGAGGAGGCGAAGGUGGGUUGCAUCGGCGGUCGGUGGGGGAGAGAGACCUGAGGGACAGAGAUAGAGCUAUGAUGGGAGGUGGGGGCUGUGGUGGUGGUGGUGGUGGUGGUAGCAGAGGGGCCGGGACUUACUCCUUGUCUAAAUCUCUCUACCCAGAUAAGGUGAACCAGAACCCCUUCAUCCCAACGUUCGGCGACGACCAGUGUCUAUUACACGGUGCCAAACCGUACUACAUCAAAAAGCCACAGACGCAGCAACAGCAGCAGCAGCAGCAACUUCUCAACAACAGCCGAGGAGGAGGGGACUUCCGCGGCUCCAUGGGAGCAACUUCCUAUUUGCCUGCGUCCGCCACAGCUGGGGUGAUCUCCAAUGUGGCCCCCAGGUUCCCCAAAGAGCUGUGUCUGGGCGGGGUGGGAGGGCCCAUGGGGAACCACCACGGGGGCAACAAGCUACUGCCUGGGGGCAGGGACACGUUAGGUUUGGGGCAGGGACAGAGACCCUUCAACGGUGCCAGCAAUGGACAUGUUUAUGAAAAGCUCUCCAGCAUUGAGUCAGACGUCUGAGGGUGAAGACGGAGGAAGAAAGAGAGAGAGAGGGAAGAUGAAGUGGGUGAAGAAAAGGAGGCGGACGGAGAGAAACAUACAGAGGGAAAAAAAAAAGAAGAGAGAAACGGCUCAGGCUGAUGACCUCUCUGUGUGAAGAGAAUGAGGAGACACGAUACAGUGCGUGUUGGUCUCACUCCACUAAAUGGAAAGAAUUUGGACGAUGCACAGAGGCCACUGCAGGCUAAGCUGUGGUGAAGUCCGGCGGGACGCAAGUUUUUAAUGAGAAGAGAGGAUUCUGGUGCUGCUCCGACGCUCAUGGAAAGAUA